AGGUCGCAGGUAUUUGACGUGUCCCGUUUCGUAAACCAGCUGAUCUGUCGCUCGUCAGUCGAGCGCCGUGAGUUGACAACACGCACGACACGAGUUAAAGCAGACGUAUCACUACAGGAAGGGAAGGACUUUGGUUUCACCUUGUAAUGAUUCCGGCUGGGUAGGAGGAGAAGAAUCCCGGGAGCGAUGCCGAAGUACUGCUCGGUUCCGAACUGCAGGAGCGACUCCGCGAACAGCAGCGAGAGGAAGAGCUUUUACAAGUUCCCGCUCCAGGACCCGACCCGGCUGCAGCAGUGGGUGAGGAACAUGGGCCGGGAGAACUGGACUCCUUCCCGACACCAGUACAUCUGCCACGAACAUUUCUCCUCGUCGUGCUUCAAGGUGCGCUGGGGGAUCCGCUACCUCGACGCCGACGCCGUGCCGACAGUCUUCCCGGAUACCGAGAAACGGAAAGCGUCGGACGACGGCGAGAGGAAGCCGAAGCGCCAGAGAGCCCAAAGCUCCACCGUGUCGGCCGAUGGGCCGACAGCCGACCAGACGGUCCGCCUGCUUGAGCUCUCCGUCGCCGCGUUGCCGCACGGAGAAACCGGUCCGAUGGAGUCGAGCGUGGGUUCUCUGCAGACGGGAGUGGACCCGGCCGAUGGAGUCGCGUCGGGUUUGAACUUUCCACUGACUCUCUACCAGACAGCAGACGGCCUGAUGAGCGACGCAGGCGCCGCGGAGCUGCUGAUGAUGUCAGACGGCGCUGCAGAGGACGGCCAGGUGGAGCUGGUGAACGGAAUCACGGCUGCCAUCUUAAGCCAGGGCGGCGUGCUGGUCCUCAACGAGGCGGCGCCCGAUCCGGACCUUGCAUCCUUCGCCGGCGAAGACAUCCCGCAGGAAGUGGUGGCUUACUUUGAGACGGUACCAAACGUUCUCCCCGGCGGGACGUCGACCCGGGUCACCUCCCCCCCCGACACGGUGCUGUCGCCGGCGCUGAGCUCCAAGCCCAUCUCGUCCACUCUGCCCAUCGUGUCCAAACACGUCCCAACGUUGCCGCCGCCAUCGCUCGUCCUCACGCUGGAGCGACUAGACGAAGCGGAGGACGGGGACGCCAUGACGGACACGGAGGAGACGGAGAGGGACGACCAGCAGCUGGAGGAGCACUGCUACCACAAGAACAGCUUGAGCAAGGAGCAGCUGGAGGCGAUCGUGGCCGAGCUGCAGAAGAAGGUGAAGGUGCUGCAGCAGCGGCACCGCCGGCACCUGGAGAAGCUGCUGGGCCUGGAGAACACCGUGAGCCAGCUGAGGCAGAGCAACAUGCUCAACGAGGAGCGGCUGCAGCUGCUGGAGAGGGCGUAUUUGCAGACGAGUGCAUCUGUGUCGGACGCCGGUGAGACCGUCGCCAUCAUCUACGGAGACGACGACGCUGCGUACUUUUACACUCCACUGAGCGACGACGCAGGGAUGGCGUUGAAUACGGACGAGAAAUGAAAUGACUGGAUAUUCUGUUUGUGUCUGUGCCAAACAAUUAACUAAAGGGGCUAAUUUUGUUGUUUUCCAUAAUCAGAACUUGAUACAUGAUCAAAAUAAGGUGAUUUCUUCCUUCUGCUGUGAAUAAUGAAUAACGGGGCAAUACUGAAUGUUUUUGUUACGGUCUUUGCUUUCUACUCCAGCUCUUGUUUGACUUUUUUUUUUUUGCUUAUUAAUUUAUUUUUCCUUAUGAAAAUGUACAGAUCAUUAAAAAUAAAUUUACAAAAAGUCUAAAGCUUCUGGUCUGUUAAACUGUCACCACAAAUCAGUGAACUGCACUUUCUGCAUGUGGAUAAUUUGAAACGACGCAUCAUAACAUUCACAGAUAAGAACAAAAUCUGCAAAAAUGGUUAAAAUUUAGGUUUAUGAAUGAUGGGACCUGUUGGGAAUCUCUGAAAAUCGUUUAGUUUAAAUGAAAAGUGGUGAUGCAAAUUAUUUAUGAUGCACAUUUACAGGUUUUAAGGCUUUCACAUUAGUUCCUCCGUAUUUGUGUCUUUCCACUAGAGGGCAGUAGAGUCCGCUGCGUCCAAAUGAGUUCGUCACCGAAAGAUUGGACCUGAAACAACUGUUACAAAGACCCGAUCCAUAUCCUAAACGUUAUACACUUAAUAUUCUCAUAUACGAAUAAAUAAUCACAAUUUAUCAUUUAAUUUAAGUUUUUGAAGAAUACUUGUUGCGUAAACAGACGAGUGGAGCUUAUUGACGAGUGGUUUCAUUUUUUCUGAUAAGAGUUAAAGAGAAAAUGCCAAACAUGUUUUUUUUUUUUUUUUUUUUUACAAACAUUAAGAAAGUGAAUCCUUUAUUGGUUGUUGUUCAUUUUGAUUGGCAGGUGGACC